GAGAACAACUCAUGGGGCAUCAUUAGGAGCGAGAGCGCACCAUGUUGAAGGAAGGAGAGCUGCGGCUGGACGGAACUCAACUCCUGACAAUCAGGAGGCGCGUGACAAGACUAUGAAGGGGCGCAGGGGGGGAUUCUUUUUUAUUUAUAUAAGUUAUCUUGAGAUAUGAUCAACUGGUUCCAAAUAACCCCCAAAGACUCCGUGAAGUGGAAAUCUCGUAUCCAUGUCAGGUUGGUAAAUUGGCCGCGGAGCUGCGCGUUUUUUAUGGACUCCUCAGCCAUUAAAGGGAUGGAUGUAAAUUCAUACCGAAAUCCAGCCACUCCAGGGUAUACAUAAAGCGCACACAGUCGGGAUGGAUUCAUUUAAUGCCAGCGGAAUGGACGCGUUCACGGUGGUCCAUCUGAAUUCCUCCUGGAGUCUGGACAGUGGAUAUUCUUUAGCAGCCAUAGCCAGCAUUGCUGCUCUUGUAAGUUUUCUCAUUCUCUUUACGGUUGUUGGGAAUAUUCUGGUGGUUAUUGCGGUGUUGACGAGCAGGGCGCUGAAAGCCCCACAGAACCUUUUUCUGGUGUCUCUGGCCACCGCUGACAUCCUAGUCGCCACUUUGGUGAUGCCGUUUUCUCUGGCGAAUGAACUAAUGGGCUACUGGUAUUUUGGAAAAGUGUGGUGCGGUAUUUAUCUGGCUUUGGAUGUUUUGUUCUGCACUUCGUCUAUUGUUCAUCUGUGCGCAAUUAGCCUGGACCGCUACUGGUCCGUUACGCAGGCUGUAGAGUACAACCUGAAGCGGACUCCCAAACGCGUCAAGUGCAUCAUCGUAAUUGUGUGGCUUAUAUCUGCUUUCAUCUCGUCUCCGCCGCUCAUAUCUAUAGACAGCAACAAUGAUAUCAGCUCUCAGCCUCAGUGCGAGCUGAAUGAUGACACUUGGUACAUCCUCUCCUCCAGCAUCGCGUCCUUCUUCGCUCCGUGCUUAAUUAUGGUGCUGGUGUAUAUCAGAAUAUACCAGGUGGCCAAAACCAGAACCAGAACCAUGUCGGGAAAAAAUCCCAGGCCAGAUGGUGUUGAACAAACUGAGAAUGGACUGAGCAAAGCCACCUCCCCUUUCCAUGGCGAGAGAGAGAACGGUCACUGUCAGUGCCCGCCUACGCCCAGCCAACGCACCGUCACCAUCGGGCAACAGACUGAGAAUGCUGACAUGGAGGAGAGCUCCUCCUCAGAGGGCAAGGGUCACAAACCCCAGCAGGAGGACCACCAAAAAGCCAAGAAGGCCAGCCAAAAGAAAAUCUCCCUCUCCAAAAAGUCCACUCGCAUCUCCAGGGUCAGUAACAAAUCUAAGGAGCUCUUCGCCUCCAGGAGGAGACGUCGCCGGAGCUCCUUAGCCAGGAAAAAGGUCUCUCAAGCCAGGGAAAAGAGGUUUACAUUUGUCCUGGCUGUGGUCAUGGGGGUGUUUGUUUUGUGCUGGUUCCCCUUUUUCUUCAGCUACAGCCUGUACGGUGUGUGCAGGGACUCCUGUAAAAUCCCAGACCCGCUCUUUAAAUUCUUCUUCUGGAUUGGCUACUGUAACAGCUCCCUCAACCCUGCCAUCUACACCAUCUUCAACCGGGACUUCAGGCAUGCCUUCCAGAAGAUCCUCUGCAAGUCUUGGAAAAAGUCCUUUUAGAGCAGAACUGCUGCGCCACCCUGACUAUCUUAAAGGAAAUAUCGACGUGAAAAAAGAAGCCCGUUUUGUCUAUUACUGCCACUUGUUACUUGCUGUUAUGUCUCAUUGUCCUAUUGUAAUUCAGUCAUGGCAGUGCACACCAUCAACCACCUCCUGGGUGUCUCUACAAGCUUCAACAUAAAGUGUUUCCAUUACAGGCAUUCCCAGUCUGAAAAGUGAGCACCACUGUUCUUUUAUCCCUACUUAUAUGUGCUGUAAUGUUUUUAUAGUGUAUCAUCAUUGGUCAAGCUCUUAAUACAUUCACAAAAGAUACACACAUGGCUGGAUUUUUCAGCUUGGGGGCCCCAGGGCAAAAAUCUGCUCUAAGGCCCCGCUCUUAAUUCCCCCCACUCACUCUGUGCAAUGGCUGCAAUCAUUUUUGGGAUGGAAUAUUACUUGGCAAAAGAUUUUCUGAGUGGUAACAUUAAUGUAUGCAACAUACCUAAGCACAAAACUGAAAUACUGAAGGUUUUAUAACUUGAUUUCGACAAAGGGAUCCUUUUCCAGACAGAGUCUUAAGCUGUUGUAGGCCAUUUGUUUUUGGUGUCGUUGGGCAA